AACAACCAAAGUAAAGAACCUGAAAAUGAUAACAGUAACUCUAUGUCUUUUUCUGAAGCAUCUAGGACUAUUCCAUCUCGAGUUAAUUCCAGGUCAUCAUCACGUACAUUAACAAUAAACUCUAGUACAGAUACAGCACAUUCUGCUGAAGAUAUGGAUACUGAUGGCAUUCCCAUACUUUACGAAGCUAUAGAUACAAAACCAAACCAAAUAUUAAUAUACCCAUGGUUUAAAAAUGAACUUUCAGUUAAAAUUCGAUCACAUCCCAAGCAAAAGAUUUUAGAGGUUCACUUACCCCUAGAUAAUUCCGAGUUAAUAAAAAAAUUUCUUAAAGAAUAUAUUAGACCCAAAAUUAAAUACUUUAUCUAUUACGAAAAUAAAACACACCGACAAUUAUUCACACAAGUAUUAAUUUCAUUAUUUAGAAAAGAAACCGUAAAGCUUUAUGAAUGCACUGAAAGAGUAAUUAAUGUCACUGACGAAAAAGAACAAGAGGAAAUAGUAAUGAAGUAUCACGUAGGCAAAACCUGUCACCGAGGUAUUAAAGAAACAAUUUCUCAUUUAAAACGAGUUUAUUUUUGGACAAAUUUAGAAGAAACCGUAACCAGUUUAAUAAAUUCAUGCGACACUUGUAAACGUAUGAAAUACGAUCGUAGACCAUUUAAACCUCAAUUACAACUUACACAAACUCAAUCAAGACCUUUUCAAGAAUUAUUUAUAGAUUUAUUCUCCAUAGAAGGAAAAUAUUACUUAACCAUAUUAGACGCAUUUAGUAAGUUAGCACAAGCUUUUGAAAUCCCAGAUAGAUCAACACCUGAAGUAGUCAGGGCACUUAUAAAGUAUUUUUCAUUCUACGGCGUACCUACUAAAAUCAGUUCAGACCCUGGUUCUGAAUUCAAUAAUAAACUCAUGAAAGACUUAAUGACAUUGUAUAAAAUAGACAUUCACAUAGGCACCCCUAACAAUCCAAACUCAAUGGGAUUAAUAGAACGAUUCCAUUCCACAAUUUUAGAAAUAUAUAGACUUGCGAAAUAUGAACAUAAAUUCACAGAUGCUACAUCAGUGAUGACUUAUGCUAUAAUGGCUUACAAUCAAACAAUCCAUUCAGUAACAGGUCUCACUCCGUUUGAAGUAGUAUUUGGUCACACGGAAAAUAACAAUCAAUUCAAUUUAAACUUUGAUAAAGAAUAUACUCAACAACUAGUUAGGGAUCAUGCAAAAAGAACUCACUACUUAUACAAAUACUUAACCGAUAAAAUAGGAACUAGGAAAGAAAAAGUUCAACAAAGUAGAGUAGGAGAAACUAAUUUUGAUUUAAAUGAAGGUGAUAAUGUUUUUAUUAAAGGCAUAAAUCGACGUAGAAGCAAGGAUAAGCCCAGGUUCGUCCUGCUAGUGACCCAAGCAGUAACGAUCCGGGCCCUUCAACUUCAAAAGGUUGAGAAGAAUCCAGGCGUUCUCCCUCUUAGAGAAGGAACCGCUAUGAUUACGUAUGAUAAGUGGAUAGUAAUUAAGACAUUAGAUAUUAAACUUAUUAAGGAAGAAUUAGAAUUUAAUAUGCAUAGGUAUAUAGAACUAAAUAGAAUAGUAGAAUUACAGUUAAAUACCAGUAGCCCUUCGUUAAUAUACUUCAAUGAUGUUAAGCUUCAAGUUAAUUAUAUGUUAAAUAUCACAUUGAACAAAUAUUCAGAAAUUGUACCAAUUAAUAGACAGAAAAGAGGACUCAUUAAUCCUUUGGGAUCUCUAGUUAAAAUGAUAACAGGAAAUUUGGAUUACGAUGAUGCUAUUAAAUAUGACAACUUAAUAAAAAAUGUAAAAUCUCGUGAACAUUCUCUGGAAAAGAAAACUACUGUUAUAUCCGAAAUGAUAAGACUUGUUGCAAACUCUACUAUAAAUAUUACAAACAAUCUCGAACAAUUAAGUGAUGCAAUUAAUAAAAUUAAUAAAAAUAUUAAAGACAUUUCAAUUAUUUCACAUGUUAACCAAAUAACACAUAUCUAUAAUUCCUUCUUACAUAAUUUUCAAAUAAUUUACACAAAAUUGACCGAGAUUGAAAACAUUUUAGCAUUCAGUAGAAUGGGCGUAUUACAUCAAUCUAUAAUUAAUACUAAUGAACUCAUUAAUGUACUUAGAAUCAUAGAGAAAACAGAUAAGCUGAUAUUUAAAGUAAUUCCUGAAAAUAUUGUAAGAAUUGAACAGUCCAUGACAUUGAAAUCGUAUUUUAAGAACAAUGUUAUUACUUUAGUAUUAGAAAUACCCUUAGUUAAGAAAGAAACUUAUUUUUAUUAUAAAAUUGUACCCUUACCUAUCACCCAACCUGAAACAAACCUUACCUUAAUAAUAUUACCCAAGUAUCCUUACCUUAUUGCGAAGGGGUUGAAAGCGAAAUCGCUGUCGACACCAUGUAAGAAUAUAGAAGAAGAAAUAUACCUCUGUGAUGAGCUGCAGACCAUGGUACCUGUUGAAGACACUUGUAUCCUGGACCUGAUGAAAUAUUCUCACAACGUCUCUUGCAAACAAAUUCCAAUAGAAUUCGAAGAAAUUAAAGUAGAACUUUUACAGAUUAACCGAUGGAUAAUCUACUCUAAAUCACCUGUUGAUCUGGUUAGAACCUGUGAUAAUGAAAUUUUACAUUACACUCUCAUAAAUACUUACUUAUUAACCAUAGAAGAUAAAUGCCAAUAUAACAUUGCAAAUCACAAUUUAAGAAUACAUAGCAGUAACGGUGAGAAGCUUAUAUCUCAAAAGCUGCCGCUAGUAAAUUUACCUGAAAAUUUGAAGAUCAGUAUCCAGAGCAACAUUAAUCCUGUUAAGCUGAAUGGGGUUGAUUUAACCAAUUUAAAAGUAUUAUCAUACGCCCUACAAAACAGUGAAAAUCAAAGUGAUAGUGUAGUGAAAACCAAUAGUGUCAGUUUAGGGACAAUAAUUCUAUAUGUAAUUUUAAUUUUAAGUCUUAUAUCCUUUCUGGCAUACAAAAAGAUAAAAACAUGUAUAAUAUUUCAAGGCCGAAACCAUCCUCCGAAAAAUUGUUCUUCAGAUGAUUUCGAGCUUAAGGAGGGAAAAGUUACAAUGUCACACAGAUACCCAAAUAGCACCGUAAGCGUUAAUGCAAUCAAUGCUUAGUCUUAUUAUUCCAUUGUGUUCUACGAAUCAAAGUUAUCAUGUAAGGGGUUUUAGCUGUAAGAUUAUAAUUAUAUUAAAAGUAGUCUAAUAUCGGCCACCAUAGUGAUAGGGUCUAACAUCGACCAACUUAGAAUAAGAGUCUCAUAUCGACUAUAAGUUAAGAAUAUUAAGUGUAAUUUACUUAAUAAAGUUUUCCUUUUUAAAAAAACCUUUGAUAACCGUCGCGAUUUGA